AUGUCCCGCCUAGCUUCAUUAUCUGCGUCAGCGCGAAGGCAUCUCGUCCGUGCAUCAGUGAGACAAUCACAGGGGUUCUCGACCUCGUCCAAAACCUGCAGUUAUGCGGACACGCUACCGAAUUUAAAGAUAGGAGCUCACACGCGGGCCACUGCCAACGUCAAGGAGUCGUUAGAAUGGGGCACGAAAAUUGUUGGAGGCGUUAAGCCGGGCGUCGAGGGAGAGCAUCUCGGCCUUCCGGUGUUCCCAUCUGUAAAAGCGGCACAAGAGAGAGCGAAACCGGACGCAUCAGCGAUCUACGUGCCUGGUAAUCAGACUGCAAAGGCGAUUGAAGAGGCGAUAGAAGCAGAAAUUCCGCUUGUUGUAGCAGUGGCGGAACAUGUUCCCAUCCAUGAUAUUCUUCGAAUCCACUCCAUGCUGAAGACCCAGUCAAAGACGAGAUUGGUCGGAGCCAACUGCCCGGGGAUCAUCUCUGCAAUUGGCAAAUGCCGAAUCGGAUUCCAGCCUCUGCCCUGCUUCGCACCCGGCAAUAUUGGCAUUGUUGCGAAGUCAGGGACUCUGAGCUAUGAGACUGUCGCGUCCACAACGCGGGCAGGUCUGGGGCAAAGUCUCUGUAUUAGUAUGGGAGGUGAUGUUCUAGCGGGAACUAAUUUCGUCGAUGCACUGAAGAUCUUUGAAGACGACCCUGACACCGAUGGGAUCAUCCUGGUUGGUGAGAUUGGUGGCACGGCAGAGAUCGAUGCAGCGGAGUGGAUCAAAGACUACAAUCAGAGAACUGCUAAUCCUAAGCCGAUAAUGGGCCUCGUUGGAGGCUUGCAUGCUCCUCCUGGGCGGAUCAUGGGCCAUGCAGGUGCUUGGACAGCGAUUGGGGAGCCUGGCGCCAAGGCCAAGUAUGAAGCGCUCGAACGCGCCGGCGUAGUGAUGGUCAACCAUCCUGAGAAGUUUGGAGAGGGAAUGAAGUCUCUUCUGGGAACUAGGGGGCGUGUGGGCACUACUUCUAUCAAUGGCGGGAACCAGCGGCGAGGCUUACAUACAAUGAAGCGCAUCAGACCAAACCGUUAUGGAGUCUCUCAGUCCCAGCAAGCCCGAAGCCUUUACAUUAAGCCGUUCCAAGCCCUCGAUAUGCUCAGAAAAGAAUCAAUUCCUGUCAAGGAGGCUGCACCCUCCGAGUCAGACUUCUUCUUGUCCCUCACCGUUGAUAGGACAGCAUUGUCUCCGUGUAUUCUUGCCUCCACAUCCGCUGGGUUCGAACCAGCACAGACGGGCCGGUUCCCAUUUGCAUACGAGGGCACGGACUUUGGCAGCACAACCCUCCUGGUUGAAACAGUUGCCUCCUACCUGCAGCUUCCCGCAACGGCACACGACAACCUGGCGCAGCUGUUGCAGGGAUUAUGGCGGGUUUUCAAGGAAAAGGAGGCGUACCUCCUGGAAGUACGUGCCAACGCCACAAGCGCCUUCGAAGUCCGCGACGCCCGCUUUGCGUUCGAUGACGCUGCCUUUCGGAGCUCAGGGCGCCAGGAAGACGUACAGCAAUUGCGAAACCCAGCCGAGGAAGUCCCUGAGGAAGUCGAGGCCGAGAAGGACGGCAUUGUCUACGUCAAACUAGAAGGGAAAGGAAGCAUCGGAACACUAGGUUACCAUCCCACUGACCUCGUAGUGAACGGCGCGGGUUUGGCAAUGAAUACGGUGGACGCGCUGACGAUCCAUGGCGGACACUGCGCGAACUUCCUGGACACGGGCGGCAAAGCCACGGCGGAGACAGUCAAGUCCUCAUUUCGGAUCAUCACGUCGGACCGACGCGUGAAAGCGAUCUUCGUGAACAUCUUUGGGGGGUUGACACGGUGCGACAUGAUCGCGGAAGGGAUCAUCCUAGCAUUUCAGGAGAUGGAGAUGACGGUGCCGGUGGUGGUGCGACUGCGCGGGACGAACGAGGAGCGUGGGCAGCAGAUGAUCGCGGAAAGUGGAUUGCCACUGGAGGCAUAUGACAGUUUUGAAGCAGCAGCAAAGCGAGUGAUUGAAUUGGCCGACACACAGUAG